CCAACAAAAUAUUAGAGAGUGGGACCAUUUUUUGGUGGCGACUUUUUUUUUGGCCAGGCAGUGUAUGUGUCUGAUUCUACUUGCAGAAAACAGAAAAACAAAAGAUACAGGUUACAUGACUGUAACCAUAACCUAUUCGAACAUGUAAAGCUUGCGAACAAGAAUGUUUGAAAGAAGAAUGGGAUAAGGAUGUCUGAAAUAAUGAAGGUGGAAGCAGAUGAACCUGGAGGGUUCAGCUUGGAUCCCUUCAUACCUGCAGCAUCCACAUCAGAACUAGAGGAGGAAUCACAAGACAGCAAAGAUCUCAUCCAUCAGAUGUUGGUGAUUAAAGAGAUUCCUCUUGACUGGAAUGCCAGUUUGAAGCAGCAGGAUCCAGAGUCCCCUUCUGUAAAGGAUGAAGAGGAGGAACUGUGGAUCAGACAGGAGGAAGAGCUGCUUACCGUAAAGGUUGAAGAUGAAGAGGAAACUCAGUUAUCAGAACUUCACCAAAUAAAAACUGAAGAUAGCAGACAGACUGAAGCUCCAACCAGCAGCUCAGUUGAACAGAUGGGACAGACACAGCAUGAUGACGAGAACUUCAGAGGACAGGAACCAAACAGAGAUCCAGUUGCUGUUUGUUGCUCUUACCAACAAAGUAAGAUGACACCUAAGCUCCGUUCAAAGCUUACCGCUCAGAUUGGGGAAAAGCCAUUUAGUUGCAGUCUUUGUGGCAAAGGUUUUAAACGUAAGACAUCAGCUAAAUUACACAUAAUGACUCACAUUGGAAUAAGAGAACAUAGCUGUGAUCUUUGUGGUAAAGAAUUUAAAGAAAAGGUUUCUCUUCAGACUCAUAUGAGUGUUCACAGUGGAAACAGACCUUUUGCCUGCGACGUUUGUUGUAAAAGGUUUCAUACAAAGAAACAUCUUAAAGCUCAUAUGAAGCUCCAUACAGAAGAAAAACAUUUUACCUGUGAUGUUUGCAACAAUAGGUUUAAGAUUAAGGAGAGUCUUAAAAAACACAUGAGGAGCCACACCUUAGAGAAACCAUUUGUUUGUAGUAUUUGUAGUAAAAUAUUUUCUCAACAGGACCAUCUAAAGAGACACAUGGGUGUUCACACAGGAGAAAAACCAUUUAUUUGUAGUAUUUGCAGUAAAGGAUUUACACAACAAGUCAAUCUAAAAAGUCACAUGUGUGUCCAUGCAACAGAGAAACCAUUUAUUUGUACAGUUUGUAGUAAAGGGUUCUCACAAAAAGAAAGUUUAAAGAGCCACAUGCAUGUUCAUACAGGACAGAGACCUUUUAUUUGUAGUGCUUGUGGUAAAGGAUUUUUACGGCAAAGAAAUUUAAAGAGUCACAUGAAUGUUCACACUGGAGAGAAACCGUUUGUUUGUGGUGUUUGUAAUAAAGGAUUUGCUAUUCAAAAGAAUGUAGAAAGACACAUGCGUGUUCACACAGGUGAGAAACCAUUUGUUUGUAAUGUUUGCAAUAAAGAAUUUUCACUACAAGGGAAUCUAAAGAGACAUAUGCACGUUCACACAGGAGAGAAACCAUUUAUUUGUUGUAUUUGCAGUAAAGGUUUUACACAAAAAGACACUUUAAAGAGUCACAUGCGUGUUCACACUGGAGAGAAACCAUUUAUUUGUAGUGUUUGUGGUAAAGGAUUUUCAUUACGAAAGAACUUACUGAGACACGUGUCUGUUCACACGGGUGAAAAACCAUUUGUUUGUAAUGUUUGUAAUGAAGGGUUUUCUCUGAAAAUACAUCUAAAAAGUCACAUGCAUGUUCAUGCAUAACUGUCUAUUUUAAGAGUACAAACACCAAAUACACCUUAAUAUGCAUUAAUGCACUCGCUGGAAACCAUUUUAGCAAUACCACAGAAGCUAACUUUGCCAGUCUUCCUUAUUUCUGCUCAUGGGUGUACAGCCAAUCAGCAACAAGGAAAACAAAUGCAAAACAAUUGACUAAUUGUUUUGUUAGCUAACUACUAUACAAACCAUCAAAUGUAUUAAUAGUCUAUAUUGGCCACUCUCAGUACAACUUUCCAAGUUUGGAAAAGUUGGAAGGUUUUGGUUGGUUAGUGGUGCUUUAGGUUCAAUCAUUGAACUGGUAUGGGUGGUAUUUUGGUAUAAAACGUCAGUUAUUGUUUUCAUGUUGUCACAUUCAUUAUUUUCAUGAACAAGAAAUUUUGGCAAUGUUCAACUAAUGAGAACUGUUUAGAGCCUAAUCACCUCAAUGCCACCUCAAACGGUUAAUCCUAGUUUCAAAUGGUCCGCCUCUCUAUCAGAGCUCUUUUCAGAAACUAACAGCUGUGGUUUGUAGCUUUAUAUCAGCAUAAUGUAUCUACAUGACUACAGGACAGUGCACUUUUCUUUGUUAAAAUCAGCUCUUCAACAAGCUCCAGUCAUUAAGAUGCUUCAUUGAUGCUUCCCAAUACUGUCUCUUUGAAAUGAACAAAAGUGUUCCGAAUCAGGCACUUCUACAAAAUAAAAGGUGGAUACCAGAUACUAAUAUUACCCUUAUUACUUCCUGCUAGUAGUUAUUCACUUCAGCUGUAUUUUUCAUUCUAGUCUUUAUUAAAAGUAGAAAAUGUUCAUAUAAUCUGGUAGAAACAUACUGUAAUAAAAGAGGUGCUGUUGUAAAAUAUGUUAAAACUGAUCUAAUAAAAGUGCUUCAAAGCUG